UCAAGUAUAUUGGCGCGAAAAUUGCAUCUUAACGUUAUCGGCAUCUAACUUUUUUUGCAAUCAUAGAAAAAGUAAUUUGAAUUUUUUUCUUUAAAUAUUUAGCUCAUUUCUCUGAAGAUUUACUAGAGAAAUAUGGAUUUAGCUCAAGUACUUGAAUCUAUUCCUCUUCAAGAAUUAUUACAGACUAUUCAAAACAAAGCUAAAAGUGGGAGCAAGGAUGUUUCUGCUUAUAUACGUGCUAUUUUUCAAGGAUCGAUGGAUGGCAAUGAUGAGUCCGAAAAACGUUGCAGAGAAACUUUUAAAUUUUCUUUGAAUAUUUUACAAAUACCAGAUUUAUCGGCUACUUUGACUUCAGAAAUCAUUAAUAUUCUUUUACUGAGAAUUGAUAUGUUUCAUACGUCCACUUUGAUGAAAAUUGCCGAAUUCUUCGUGGAUCAUGCCAAAAAAAGUAAUAAUUUUGGAAAUAAAUUUUUAGAAAUUUUUUCUAAGGUCUUAUCUUGUCUAUCACAUCGUGACACAAUUGUCUAUAAAGGAGAAGAUAAAUCUGGUGCUGAUUUGAAAAAAGACAUCAUCAUGUGUGUUAUUUCUGAUGAUGUUAACAUAUCAUGCAUAGUAGAAAUAAUAUCUGUACUUAAAGAUAUUGAUUUGACUGAAGAUGAAAUCGAAUUAAUCAUUGACAGUUUGUUAAAGUAUUUACCCAGUAUUGACUUUAUUGAACUCCCUUCAUAUAUCUACCAGUUGUUAUUAUUAUCAUCAAAGGGGCAACGUCAAAAAAUUUUAUUAGGGAUUAUUUCUUACUUUGUCAAACAAGAUGGUGAGUUUCAGCAACAAACAGAUGAUGACAGUGAAAGUUUAAUUUGCAAUGAGAAUGAAAUAACAUAUCGACAAACUGAAGGGACGGUGAUACUUAUGUUAUCUGUGAGCUGUAGGCAUGAUCAGACAAUUGGAAAGGAAUUUUCUGCCUUGAUGAAAAAAGUUGGACAUAAGGCUGAAUUUGUUUUCUUACCGUUUCCUUUUGCAGCUUCAUUAUCUUUGUCACAAAUCCAGUCCAACAGAGAUGAUAUAUUUGAUACCUUAAAGAAAUCUUUGACUACUGCAUAUCAGUUAAAGACUAAAAAAGAUACUUCACUGUGGAUGAGAGAAAUGAUUCCAUUUAAUCCUAACAUCUUGGAAUUGGUGAAAGAUGUUAUAAGGUGCAGUAAAUAUGGAUGGGACCAUGUCUGUCAAGGUCUUGUAAAAUUUGGAUUUAUGAUAAUUGAUGCAUUUGGUCCAAAAUCUAUUGGAGGAAAUGUUGCUAAGUCAUCGUCAGAAGAGGGAUGUCUAUUAGGUAGCCACAUUCUGAGGGAUACUUUUAAAAACCAUCGUAUUGUCCGAUCAGACAUACUUGAGCAAAUUCUGAAUCAAAUUGUCACUAAAUCUCAAAAACCUGUGAAGCAUUACAUUGAUAUAUUAUCCCAAAUUGUACAGAGUGAUCCUUUAUUUCUUUUAGAUGUACUUCCAAGGAUAGUGGAAAUUUUAGAUUACAUUCAUUUCAUACCUCAUGCAAAUGCAGUUGACAUAUUGCAGGCACUUGCUCCUUUACUGAGAAUAAGCAUGCCCUUGAAAGACACUUUAAUGUUAGUCUUAAGAAAAGCUCUUUUCCACAGAGAUAUUGAUGCUAGAAAAGUAGCUGUAAGUGGUUAUUUGAUGAUUCUAAAAAAACUCAAUUUCAUUGGCAAAGUUUCCCUUAGUCAGAGCCAAACAUCUGUUAGCAGUCAGGCCUCGUCUGCUUCUCUGAUAUCCACUCAAGUGAAAGCUGAUGUUUAUGUAAGUGCAGGAAAUUUGAGUUCUAAAACUAUGUGCUUAGAAAUAAUGGGUUUGCUUAAGAGAGUUUUAAUGCAACAAGGAACUGUACGUCAACUUCUGUAUGAAGGCUUAUACGAUGUCACACUUCAGAAUAAUUCUCUUCGUGAUAUUGUAUUAGAAUUGCUUUUGGGGCAGUUUGAAAAAUUUUAUGAUAAUGACAAUAACUCUGAUGCACCAUUGCGUUUCGAUUUGUGUUUCCAAGAAAUAAAAGGUAAUAUUGUUAUAGAAGAGCCUCUUGCUCACCUUAUUUCUUGCAUUUAUCUUAUAUUAUUAAAAUCUGAAGAAGUUGUUGAUGAUGAUGAAUAUGAUCUCAGUGCACAAAAGAUACUUGAAGAUUUCUUGCAAAAAUUAAUGAAUAAAAUGUGUGAAAUUGAUAUUGUGAAUUUGCACCUCACUAACAAGGAAGUAGACGACAUACCUACCAAUACAUCACAGAACAAUCUUAUACUAAAUGUUUAUGAAUCUCUAUUGGAAUAUUGUUUGUUGCAGAACAAGGAUUAUGAUUCUGAGAAUUGUGAAUUGCUUUUAAAAUUGUACAGCAAAUAUAGAGAAAUACUUGAUUCCCUCAAUGAUAAAAAACAGAAAAAGCAAGUAAAAGGAAAAACGAACAUAGCCUCAUCUAUGCAUGUUACUCUUAAAUUCUUUUCAAAAUUCAUGCAUGGUCUGUUUUUGGAUGGUACUUUCAAGCAUCAAGAGGGUUUGAAUUUGUUUAGAAGUUAUUCAGCAUUUGUUAUACAUAUUGUGAAGUCAUGCAAUCAGAAAAUAGUAAAGUUAAGUGAAAAUGGUAUUCUUGAUGGUUUUUCUAAAGUAAUGGCUGACUCAUUUAAUGAUAUAUUAACCCUUGGUCAGGUCUAUUUUAAAACUUAUCUUGAUGGUAUUGGUUCUGAUUUUACAUCACUGGAUUGGGAAAGGAUAUCUGGACUUUUUGCUGAUGGUUUAGCAGCUUUAUUUGUAUUCAUUAGUACAUAUCACAGGAAGAAUGCUAGCAAGUUUGUUAUAAAAAUAUGUGGUGAUGAAUCAACAACAAUAUCUCAAGCUAUUCAAAUAGUUUUAAAAUCUAUUCAGAAAUCAAUUAUGAAAUUAUUAUCAGAUACUGAAAAUGAUGUUAAUUUAAAAGAAAUUGUUCCUCUUUUAUCAGUUAUCAAAACAUUAUAUGAUCUUUUUCCUUCUGAUUUUAGUGAAGAUGUAUACAAGUGGUUAAGACAGCUAUGUUCUCAGCAAGUAUUUCAGAAUGCAUCUGUAUCUAAAUCUUUUGUAUCUUUAUGCCUUACUCUUGGGCAUCAGUAUUCACAUAUUUUGAUUUUUCUUAAAGAAAUAGCCUUUGAUUUGCAUUACCAUUUAGAUGAUAUUGAUCCUGAUGUAAGAGUUAGUGGCUCACCUAAAUAUAACAUCAUCACACCUGAAAUUGCUCGUGUUUUGAUGCCUUACUUAAUUUCAAACUUAGAUCAAAUACUGGAAGAAACUGAAUAUGUUCUGAAUUACAUGAAAGCAAAUGCAGUCCUUCCAACUGAAUUUUUAAUGUCAUCAAAUAGCAGUGAUGCCAGCAUACAAAAUAUGGAACAGGGAGUUUCUGCAUGUCUCGCUGAUAUGGUUUUGGUGUUUCAUGAAAUAGUUCAAACUAGUAUACCUCCAGAUAAUACAAGCAGUAAUAUUUUCAAAACAGUUGCAAAAUUUUAUAGAAUUUUGUGUGCUUUAACAAAAUAUUACUUAUUAUGCCAUACUAAAGCAAAAACAGCUGUGCUUCAUUCAAAUUUUGAGAAACUAGUAAAAUUAACCCACACUAAGCUCACGUCAUAUGUCUAUGGAUUUAUCACUUAUGUCCAAAUGAUGUCUGAAGAAGGUGACAAAAAGAAAAAAGUCAAAAGCCACAUUGCGGCAGCAAAAGCGAUGAGAGAAAUUAGAACUGUUCCACCUCUAGUUUUCGCUGUAGAGACUUUUGAGAAAAAUCUUAUUCUUCUAUCUAAAAAAUACAAGAGAAAUUUAGUGAAUCAUAUGAAGCUAAGCACUGCAAGAGACUUCCGUAUCAAUGCUGCUGUAAUAACUCAGCCUGAACAAUCUCAAGAAACGGAAGCAAAUUCUGAGGUUGCAUCUGUUAAUGGAACUGUCAAUGAUGAAAGCUCUGAUCAUGAUGAGAUAAUGAAUGAAGAUACUGCAGAUGAUGGACCUGAUAAUGAAGUUGCCAAUAAUUCUAAAAGUAACAUGAGCAUUGCCAGCAGCUGUGUUCAAAAUAAUACUGUGAAUAAUAAUUCUAUUCAUGAUGAACCAGUUUUAGAAAAUGAAGCAAUGGAAACAGAUGAUGUAGACAAGCCAGCUCAAAAGGUUUUAAAAGAAAAUAAGCCAUUAAAUGUUAAAAGAAAACGUUUGGGAGUGAGAGUGAAUACUAAAAGAGCUAAAUAAUUUGAUAUUUUUGUGGUGAAACCACUGCUGUCUAAAUAUACAGCAAAUUUAAAAAUUAAAAGGUUUGA